CUCGUCGCUGUUCAUGGCAUCAAGGGCCAUCCGCACCGGACGUGGACUCAUCCAAAUGGGGAAAAGUGGCUCGAGGACUACUUGCCAAAAGACUUCCCCAAUACACGGAUUCUUACCUUCGGGUAUAAUGCUCAAGUCUUCACGUCAAGCAGAGGAUGCAUUAUCGAUUAUGCAGAGCAACUACUGCAAAAUUUAGCCAGCGUGAGAGCAUCUAGAGAUCAGAAGGCAAGUUUUGUUCUGCCCAAUCGCCCUAUCAUAUUUGUGUGUCAUAGCUUGGGUGGUCUUGUAGUGAAGAAGGUA